UCUAUUGAAGAGACAGAGAAAAGGAUCCUUAAUCUGAUUCUCUUUGGAUCCUUCUGUUUUUAUGGUAUAAGUUUAUCUAUUCAUGGGGCUGAAAAGUGCGUGCAAGUCUGUCAGAGGAGAACUGCAGCAAGCUACCCAGUGUCACAGUGUCCGUCUGUGGUUGGGCAUCUUUCACUCCCACAAAUCAGAAAGUCAGUAAAAAUGGAAGCGUCGUCUUCUGGAUCUAGUAUUUCAGCAGUUGGUGGUGGAAAAGCAAAACGUCAUCAGCCAGAAGGAAGAGAGAAUUUGCAGGGUAACCAGUUGGAAACGCAAAUAUGGAUAACACCAGAUGUACAGAAGACAGAUGCGGACUUUCCAGAAAUUCUGAAUGCAAUACAAGAAAUAGCUAAGGAUGUCAACAUUUUUUUUGAUGAGUUAGAAGGUGUGAACAGCCCUUCCAAAGAUGAUGACUCUCUGCUUCACCAUGGUAACUUGACCUGUACUUCUGAUGAUGCCAGCAGGUUGGAAGUGGUGGGAGAGGAAGCACCUGAUAAGAACAAAACCAAUGGAUUAUAUUUUAGAGAUGGGAAAUGUCGAAUCGACUACAUUCUGGUAUAUAGAAAAUCCAAUCCACAGACGGAAAAGAGGGAAGUAUUUGAGAGGAAUAUCAGAGCCGAAGGGCUUCAAAUGGAGAAAGAGUCAUCACUAAUAAACAGCGACAUCAUCUUUGUGAAGCUGCAUGCCCCUUGGGAGGUCCUGGGCAAAUAUGCAGAACUAAUGAAUGUAAGAAUGCCAUUCAGGCCCUUUAACCCCUUCACUGCUGGAGCCCCCUGCAUACUUGUGCGCUGCUGUUUUUUAAAUGGACAUUUCAUUGAAAUCAAUGGGAGGUCGAGAAGAUCCAGGAGAAAAAUCUAUUACCUGCACCGCCGGUACAAGUUCAUGAAUAGGAUCGAGAAACAAAUAAGCAGGUUUCGAGGAUGGUUACCUAGAAAGCCAAUGAAAUUGGACAAGGAGACACUGCCAGACCUGGAGGAAAAUGACUGCUACACUGCCCCAUUCAGCCAACAAAGGAUCCAUCA